UUACUAUGCUUCAGCAGCUUUUCCAGUGGGUCCUACCCGACUGGUUCCACCAAUCAAACGACAAAGGCUGAUGACAACCGCAAGGAAUGGCAAGAACAAUCAAUCACAAAAGACAACGACGAUUCCUCCACUCGAUCAACUGAAAGUUUACAGUAAUCAAGACAUAUUGAUCUGUGGCAACUGCAGAGAAAUGUUUUCCGAGUUACACGAUCUCCUGGAACACAAAAAAACCUACUGUAAAUUGCGUUUCACCUGUAAAUGUGAUUCGAAUAAAUCUAAAUCCCCCGAUGAUCACUCUUCUGCGUCACUACUGUGUGUUCAAUGUAAAGAUUCUUUUCAAAAUGCUUGGGACUUAAUGGUUCAUGCACAAGCGGCACAUAUGUUGAAUAUCUACGAAUUAGGAAUACCUGCGCAUGGAAACUGUUCGUCUUCACCUACGUCUCCUAGAGACAACCAUUCUCCAGAUAAGGACACGAAGAACAUCAGCCUGGACGGGGAAGAGAACGGCGAAGUGGACCACGAACAGGAUUUCAUCGAAAACGGUCGAGACGGCCUAACGGGCACUCCGGACUCUGCGAAUUCUCGCAACGACAAAGAACUGGAUGACCUAAUGUAUGUCGAAACGGCCCCCAAGACUUGCAUAAUGCAUGCGUUGAGCAUUGUUAGCGCUCCUGCUUCCCAGCCCGGAUCUUCGCCGCCGCCCCUGGCAGCCGACGCGCCUCUCACCGAGAAUGGGGACGGGUGGAAGCCCCAAGGGCAUACGACUAAGUUGGAACAGCAACCCUAUUAGUGAAAUCAUUUCGCUGGAUGACUACGUUAUAGGCUGAAUUAAAUAUAUAUUUAUAUCGUUAUUGAGGCAUAUCUUGUUUACUGUCCGAUCUAAAUUCAUAGUUUUCACUUCGUUCAAUAUUUGAUGGGGGUUUGCCAACUUGUUGAAGUUCAUUUACGUAGCUGAGUCAACUGUUGGUCAACUCAUCUGACUAGAGACUUAUAGUUUUUUGAUUAUUACAUUUACUGAUACCAAUAUCUUCAUUAUUUUUUCAAAAUGAAUUUUUUCAUGAGAAAACAAUUCAUUAAAUUUUUCCAAACCAUCUAGUAUCUCAUCUCAUUCACAAUCUCAUUUUUCAAAUUCACGAUUUAUUUCGUGAUGUAUGUAGCCGUCUACGACGAUAGUAUUUACAUCCAACUCUAAGUCACAUUGUCUGCUCUUGGUGAGAUAUAAAAAGAAGAUAGACGAAAAAUACACCUGACCUAGUUUUGAGACUACUCUGGAAGUAAUUCAGAUCACGGGAUUUCUUUUCAAAAUAAUCAAAUCGCUAUUUCACAAUUACUAGUUUUUACUGAAAAAUAUUGGCAGAAUCGGGAAACGAAAAUUUCACCAUAGAGAUUCACGUCAUGCAUCAAUGUUUCUCACUCUACAUAUAGGGUCGACUGGGUACGGUUGAAACAAUUUAGCUGUGAAACAAUACAGACUCAUAGAAACAGAGAAGAACUAGAGAAGAUCCAACACAAAGAAUAUUACCUGAUGUAACCCAAAUACAGGCAAAUUUACCUGAAGCACAUGAAUUACCUGCACUGAGGUGUCCCAAGCCAUGGGCGGUUGAAACAGCGAUUGGAGUCAGUUGAAACACAUACAAAUAUUUCAAUUAAUUCUAAUGAAACAUGAUCCAUGUAUCAUUAAUGCUAAUUAUACGAAUAAUUGUGGCACUACAUGACAACAAUAAUCAAUCUUCAAGAUUUCAUCACUUCCAAAACAUCAGCCUUUUACUCGUAGUAAACAUUUGAAGAAAUUACAAAAAACGAUAAUGAUUUCGGAAUAAACUUAACGAAAACAUUUUUUAAAACAAAUAUAUUUUAAAAAUCAACUAAAUGAAAGACAAGUCUGAAAUUAUAUAAAGAAUAAUAAUAAAAUUAACAUUCUGAAUAAAUAAAAAGAAAACGUUUUUUGAAUCAAAUAAACAUUCAAACUGAACUAAAGAAAACACUUCUUGAAUAAAAGAAACACUGAGAAUUAACUUAAGGAAAAUAUUCAGCUUAGAGAUUAAUCAGAAUCGCAAUUGUGGCAAACAUGAGACUACAUGAAGUACAUUGCAUGAACUUUUCUUCGGAUGUGCUCUCUGAAUAUGGUGCUAAGGAAAUUUCCUCACCUCACCCGAAUUCUCGGCAUCUACAAAAAAUGAACAUUAAUAUAUUUCUGUUUCAACCGAACCCACAAAAAUGUUUCCACCGUCCCCAACUCCUCCAUUGGUAAAAUAUACUUUAUAGUUACGACAGUUAUAAUAACACAUUGACAAUAGUCACUAUCCUUUAUUCUUCAAGCGUCAUAACAAUCACAAACACACACUCAAUACAUUCACUUAAAAAAAAUAAUAUGUUCAAAAUCUUAAAAAGGACAGAUAAUAUAGACGUUAAUUUCAGAAAAAAAGGCUUACUUUUGGGUAAUAAAAAUCAAUAUGGGGUCCUGCACACAACAAAAAUGCGCGGGAACAGACAUGGCACUGAAUUCGUGUUUGGACAUGUCGUCCGCUUCGUUUUCCCCUUGCACCCCUCACUUUCCGCGUAACCGUUCACAAGAUAUUUGUUAUUUUUCAACCGUCCUCAGUCUGUCAUCUAACAGCUUCCACGUUUCAUUAUGAAUAUCUGUGAACAUUUUCAGCAAACAACCCCAAACACCACAGAUUCCACCAUCACACUAAAAAAUAGUAUCAUUCAAUUUGAACGUGUUUGACAAUGUUUUCAGGUGAAUGAUAGUGUUUUGAACUUUCAUUGUCCAGAAUGAGAAAAAAGUCAAUAAAAUAUUAAAAAAGCUUACUACCUGAAUAUCCGGAUGAGUUGGUUAAAAAAUAAAACGAUAUCAAAAAUAUUGUGACCAGAAAUGAAGGUGAAUUAAUUGAGGUGUUAAACGAUAGUAAAAAAGGUACAAACAUCAAAACUAAUGAAACUAAAAAACAGAGAGAAAACAAUGAAAAUAAAAAGGGUAAGACAUAUAUUUGACAUAUUCGUUUGUUUCUUGAAAAUUCAGUCAUAAUUGAUCGACUCCACAAGUCUGUAUACUGCUGACACCAGUUCACUUUUCCAGGUUUGAUUGUAACUGGCUGAAACUCAUCAUUUAAUUAAUGAAGAAAAUUGUCUUUAAAAAAUCUUCAGCAUACUAGAUUAUCAAAUAUAAAGGGUUAUUUUUCUACCAGAAAAACCAGGAAAUAAAGUGACCAUAUAAGGGAGGUGCCCUGGGAGAAUGAAAUCUUGACAAAAAAAUAUAAUUCACAAUUUGAAAAAGUUUAUUAUCCACAAAAGUAUUCAUUCAAUUACAUAAUAUAUAAAGUGUAGUUCAAUUCAUAAUAGUACACAUGAAAAUGCUUUUAGCCCCUUUGUCUCAAUGAAAUUGUCUAUACUCGUACACCACAUAGGAUAAUUUGUGAAUUUUCUAAAAUUUCCGAAAAAUAUUUCAAAAUGAAAAAUUAGAAAAAUAAGAUAUUUGAAAAAUAAUUUUGAUAGCUUUACUUUUCUGACAUUUGACUAUUCCUGUGUUUUAGAUUACAUUCGUUGUUGAAAAAUUUUCAUGAAGAAAUAAUGAAUUGCUUAUUCGAUGUUUUUGUUGAAUUUUGACGGUUUCUCCAAAGUCAACUUGCGUUCAGACCAAACCAGGAUACAAGCUAACAUUAUAUAUUGUACAAUACUCGUAUGACAAUUCAAAAUAAUCCAAAAUCUAAUCUUUCUGUUAUAUUUUCAAUGACAAAUCUCAUUAAAACCACCCUAUACUUUUCAAAAAUUAAAAUGUUUUGUACUUCAACACAGAAUUGGAACAUAUUGGACCACUUCAUUAGAAAGAGUCACAAAAAAAAACUAAUUAUGUGGUAAGGGAUCUCAUAUAAAUUAAAAAUUGUGCGCGUAUGCUCCUAAUGAAAGGCCUGUACCUUUUUAAAUCAUCUACACUUUCCUGUCAAGGUGUCCUUUUCCGAAUAAUUGAGCUGCUUCUCUAUUAAGAAAUCGCUAGUAUGAUUUUCCCAGAUGUUCAUAAAAAAAUUGUUCAAAAUGUUUCUCACCCGAAUGAAUACAUUUAUGAAUACCCAUGUUGCAAUUUUUUUAUUUUGAAAAAACAAUGAGGAUAUUAUCAACUGAACCUAGGGCACCAACGAACUAAGUUCUUUUUGGAAAAUUCCAAGAGUCCAAAUCGAAAAGCUCACAUUUCUGGUCAAAUAUUGCAUGAAGUGAACUAUACCCCAAAUUUUAUUUCAACUUGUUAUGAGAGUGAAAAAUGUUAUUCAGAAUGAUUUUUCAACAAUAUCAAAAACCAAUAAUUUUCGAAUGAUGCAAACUAGUCAUGAAUGUAUUGCAGGAAGAGACGUUUGAUUUAUGAAAAGUGAGAAAUAAAACUUUGUUUUUUACCACUUUCAUUUGUAACUGAUGUUACUGCAGUUUCGUCUUAUAAGAACAUUUUCAAAACAAUUACAAUAAACUGAAAAUAAAUCCUAAUGUUAGCCCUACCUGAGUACCUGAAAUGUGUCUAUCUGUGAUAAUGUGGACAGGAAAAUUUGGUGGUGUGGACAGGAAAAAUGGUGAGUAAACUAGAUGGAUUUAAAUCAUUUAGCAGAUUACAUCCGCAAUGGGGGUUUAUCCCAUAUCAAAUAAUCAGAAAUCAAGAAAUUUAUAACUCUAAUAUAACAGAGACAAUUGCAGGUUUAUAUAAUCUUCUUGGGGUUAUCUAAUUUUCUCUUGAAUGUCGAAGAUUAAGUGGACAAGAAGAAGAAAUCUGGAGUAUAUAAGCUUAAGUGUCCGGAGUGUAAUAGUGGACGAAAUUUCUCAAAACGGUAUGCUGGACAUGAAAAGUCUUUCAGACUAGGUAAAAAUGAUUCGAAGUUUUCAAACCAUUCCUUUGAAUGCAACCAUGAGUUCCCAAAUCUACGAUACGAAAAUUUUGCACAAUGCAAGGAAGGGUUGGAAACUGAAUUAUUUAGAAUAUUUGGAAAUUCAUAGGCAUAAGCAUUGUGGAUGUAAUCUACUCAUGUAAGUUACUCAUGUAAUUUACUCAUCAGUUUUCAACUUAGCGUAUCCUCAUUGUCACAGGUAAACAAAUUUCAGGUACUCAAUUAAGUUAAGGACAUCUAUUAUUACCUACAGUAGCUAUAUAAGGGCUAUAACAUGACGUAUUUUCAGUUUAUCGUAAUAGUUUGAAAAUGU